UUUCGCAAGGCCUUGAACAAAUGGCGGGUGCCACAAAUGUCAUGACGAAGGACAACAGCUGAGCUCGGGCAUGAUAAAGAAGUAAAACGCAUCAAGCCUCAAACAGUGAAGGAAGAAACGCCAACAAAGUGUGACCGUUUUCGGCUGUGGACUUCUUUGGUUUGAGAGAAGGCGCACAAGUUGUGCAUUGGUACCGGUAGUUUUGUUUGGAAGUCACAACAACAAUGGCCCCUUCUUCCGCCAACAAUGCUUCUGGACUCCUGGUCUCGGCCGGCCUCUUUCUGACAACAGCAUUGGCGUCUCAAUGGUUGCAGCAUCACAUGAAGAAACAGCAGCAGCAGCAAGGUCAAGAAGAAGAGGAGAUUAGUGACAUUGACGAUGAAAGCAGUCAAGAGCGGCUUCACAGACGAAAGCUUCAACGCCAGCGAAUGAGACGACACAGAGAGCAGCAGCAAAAAAAUCUUCAUCACAGCCCACAACGACACAUUCAAUGGAAGAAUCCUCAUAAAGCAGAUGACCACAUCGGCGAUGAGGAGAGGGAUGAGGGCUAUUUAGAAGACGACGAACCUAUCAGCAGCGACGCCCGACCAGUUGAUGUCGGCGCUGCUGUACCAGGGGACUACUACAAGCUACGGCGACUGGAGGAUCGCUUGAGCUUUGAAAAUUUGAGAGAACUAGAGCAAGCUGGAGGAUCACCACCUCCUCAAGCGGAUUUUGUCUAUCCGCAACAGCAACAAUCGACUUCCUUUUCCGAGAACAGCAACCAUCAGCGCCCAACAUUUGCUCCUCUUCCCGAUUCUGCUUCCCCUCUUCGUAAAACAACCAAAUUUCACCACCAUCGACAUCAUCACCAUCACCGAAGGCCCCGUCAUCGUGAGUCUGCUGUUGAUAGAGAGGAUGAUUAUGAUUUCCUGCCAAAAAACAGCAAUUGGAGCCACUUCGAGAAGUACAAUGAAGAUGAUGUGAAGAAUGGUGUCGUGAUCCCCGGGUCAGAGCGACACUCCCAUCAUUUUCAGCCUUUUUCCAGUGGAUAUGACCAUGACGGGUACGCCUCCCAUGAGACCUUGAACGACGAAAGUGACCCUACAAACACACACGAAAUGAAAGAGACAUCUCCCAUGUUGGGAGAAGGAUCUGAGUCGUCGGGCUCGUCCUCAGAAGAGCCUCAGUUUGUUUGGACGGAAGCGGUUCGAAGACCAAAGAGGGCCACCUCAGCUAGAUCUGAACCCACUCCUGGGCCCGUGCCUGGGCGAGGCAACUCGGAGCGUGUUGUCACUAGCGGCAGCCAAACCACGUUGCAAAUGGGAAACACUUCUCCCCCAUCACCAUCGGCAGUGCCACCUCCUCCUGGUUCCACUGGUACUGGGCUUAACCGUCAACGUUCGAUAUCGGCAGAGAGUGCUAUCAGUGGCUGCAGCGAAAUUUCUGCUACAUCCAACGAUAAUGUUCCUCGCCACCAUGCCAGUGGUGAUGACAUGGUGACCAGUAGUCAUCGAUCCGCGAGAGCUCAAUAUAAUGCCAAGAUUAUGCCCAACAAGGUUGUCAUGGUGCGACAUGGGCAGAGCAUGGGUAACGUCGAUGAAGGGUUGUACUCGACAACGCCUGACAAUGCCAUGCCUUUGACCAAGCUAGGCUGGGAACAAGCGCGAAAGGCAGGUCAACACUUGAAAAACCAUGUCCUGGGCAAAUCGGAAACCGUUCACUUUAUAGUCUCGCCCUAUGCACGAACAGUGGAGACGUUUCAUGGCAUUGUAUCGGCAUGGUGCGAUCCUGAUUCCCCCGAGUUUGCCUCUAUCCCUGAUCGAGAAAUGCGCCUCAAGGCGUGGUAUGCUAAACUGAUGGAACAGGGUCUGACAUGGCAUGAGGAUCCGCGCAUUCGGGAGCAAGAUUUUGGGAACUAUCAGGAUCCUGACCUCAUACGCAAAGCGAAGCGGGAUCGACACCGCUUUGGAGUAUUCUACUAUCGUUUUGCACACGGAGAGUCGGCCUCGGACGUGUUCGAUCGAGUCAGUACCUUCUUGGAUAGUCUUUGGAGGAGCUUUGAUAUGGGACGAAGUCAGAACUACGUGCUGGUAACACAUGGAAUCUCCAUUAGAGUCCUUCUGGCGCGAUACUUUCGCUACACAAUUCACCAGUUCAACAUGCUGAGCAAUCCACGGAACUGCGAAAUGGUGGCUAUGGGGCAUGAUGGACACGGUCGCCUUCGUCUUCAAGGUCGAUACCAACUCCACUUGAAAGAACGCCCGGUCGCAAAGAACAAUGACAUCAUGAGCAAUGGUGAAAAGACCCAGGAACAGGAGAGCGACAAGGACAAGAAAAACGAAGGUGGUGCUGACCCUCCAGAGAGUGAGUGGGAGGUGGACGAGUACAAGUUCUACAAACGAUUGCGCAUCCUGCCCUGUGGAGCCAUCAGAAAGGUCCCCAUUCGAAUCUCCUACAGCGACAGAGCAGAACUGUCCUAACUCCCCGAGUGCGCGGCACUGUUCUCAUGUUGAGCAGAAAUAUUAUAACCAACCUUUCAAAUGCUAGAAGCAACGCAACCGAGGGCGCAUCCAGCAAGCUAGCUGCCAAGAAACAUAUGCUAGUAGAGAAGGCAGCAAAUUCAACCGCUACGAUUGUUGACCAAAAUGCUAUACAAAACUGCCAUAAACACAUACUAGACAAGACAUGUAUGGUGCCCUCCUUAUACAUCACAAAGCCGCACAUUCUUUUUUUGAAAUUGGAGUUGAGUGUAGGGUACUCACGAUUGGUUCAACCAAUCGAGAUCCUCUUUUUUCUUUUCGUACUCUUCCCACGCAUCCGAGGUAAUAUCCCACAGCAUUUUGCAUACAAAUGAUUGAUCUUCACUCAGGUCACGUGGUAACUUGUCUAUGGGAUGUGGAGAGGGGGUGUUAGAAGCAUGUUGCCACCAUGAUGGGUGUGGUACACAAUUAAUUUUAUCAACGUACCGGGAUGAAGGAAGAAACGGAGCUUCUUCACUGCCUUGGCCAAUUUGUUUUCGUCUGGACGGCCCUCUUCUGAGAGACUUUCCAUAGAUACAGUCUUCCACUUUUUGAAAUAAUCAUGGCCGGGCACUCCCUUGGUUGGCGGGAAAACGGAGUGAAUUGUCGUCAGCAAGACGUCGAUUGUGCGCAGCAUCUGCAUAUUAGGUGGUUGCAAAGCCCACUGAGUCAAGAUGUGGUGUUUAAGGGCAGUGAUAGAUUCUGCACCGGAAUCAUCCAUCUGCUUGGCCCACUUUUGGUUGACUUGUGAAUUGCCGGCUGGUGGUGGACCUCCGGGUCUAGGUUGUGCCCCUGGCUGUGCGUGAGGGUGAUGCCCUGGAGGCGGAGUUUGAUGGCCUGGAAAGUGAUGCGCAUGCGCAUGGGCCUGUUGCUGUUGUUGGUGCCAUUGCUGCUGCUGCCAUUGCUGGCGCUGCUGUUGUUGUUGCUGCUGAUGCCAUUGCUGCUGUUGCUGGGCAUAUGCCUGCUGCUGGGCAUAGUAUUGCUGUUGCCGACGUUGUUCCUCUUCCCAUUUUUGUCGAGCUGCCUGCUGUGCUUGCUGCUGACGGAGAGCUUCUUGUUGACGUAGGUAUUCUGCACGACGGCGUUGUUCCUCAGCGGCCUUUGCCUGUGCAGCCAUUCGCUGUCGUUCGGCUUCGAUUCUUUCUUCUGCUGCGAGUCUCGCCGCUGCUUCUUCGUCCAUUUUCAUCUGCCUGGCACGGGUCGCUGCUCGCUCCGACAUGUCUUCAUCAAAAGGAUUUGCUGAUUCCUCGGCGGGUGGCGUUGGUUUUUGUGCUGACGGCGGUGGAGGUGCCGUUGGGUGCGGGGUUGGUGUGGUUCGUCCGUUUUGUUGUUGCUGCUGCUGUUGAAUUUUGGCCACGACAGCCUCCAACUCGCCACGCUCCAUGCCAGCAGUAUUCACGCCAUGACCGUGGGCAAUGGCUCGCAAUUCCUUAACCGAUAUUUUAGUACGCCCUGCCUUGGGUUGGGUAGGAGGCUUUUGUUGCUGUGGUGGUGGCGGCUGUUGUUUCUGCGGUUGUUGUUGGGGCGGUGAUUCUGCUUUCUUUUCAUCUUCACCAGUGUAACCGGGAUAGUGUUUAGUUCUCUUGCUGGCACCCUGUAGGUCCCCAGCCUUGGGAGGUGGCACUCCGUUCAUAAUUGCUUCGCGCGUCAGACGCAGUGUGGAAACCCAAUUCUUUGCGGCGUCGGCCUGGUUUGGUGUACGAAACACAAAUUCAUCGCUGAGGUUGUAGACCUGAAUAACAAACCGAUGAUCCGUAGAAAAAUCAACAUAGUUGACAUCUUGCAUUCCCUUGACGGGGAUCUGAUGCAGGGCUUCAAGACCCGAUUGUCCAGUCGUUGGAUUGACCGUUUCACGCUGCACCCAAAGAGUAGUUUCUUCUCCAGGUUUUCGCCCCGCCACUAAACUAACAAGGACUUCUUUCCACACAAAUCUCAUUUUGGAACGGCGCUGUUGUUCCAGCCAGCCAUUGGCAAUCAGAGUGGAAUUUGGAUUGACAGGACGCUGAAAGGGAGGUCUGUGUUGAUUUGGCGCUGACGCUUGUGCAGCUGCGGAUGUCGAUGUUCUACCACCACUACCGUGUUCCUCCCAUUCGUCGCCCAAUUCCGAGCCAAGUUCAUUUUUGACGCGCAGUGCAUUCUUGGCCGAUGUGGCCUUUUUGGCGGCUUCUGUUCGUGCCGUGUGGGCAAUUUGAGUGACUUCUUCUCCAAAAACCUUGACAUUCUUCUUGAGAGAAUCAAUAAAAUUGACACUCUUUUCUUUGGACAGUGCGUGCUCAUCUUGCCGUACCGGACGUGCAGCAGCCGUGGGUGCUGCCGAAGGUGCCGGAAUAUGCUUUGUCGUUGUGGUAGUAGUCACCUUGCGGGCGCUGGGUGCUUUUUGGGUACUCGCUGGUGGAUCUGGAGCUACUGUUGCAACAGUCGGUUUGGCUGUUGGAGCUGGUGCUGUUUCCUCCGAGGGAGUGGGUGAUACCGAUGCUGCAGCAGAAGCAACAGAAGAAUCCGAGACCUUGCCACCACCGUGAGCGGACACGUAUUCUGUGAGUUCUCGAAACAUUUUCUGAAAGGUCUUUUGCUCCAUUUCAUUUUGCUCCACCAAUGCCGCACAGUCUCGAAGUAAAUCCGCCAAUUCAAACCGCUUUUGUCGGCUAAAUGGCGCAUCGCUAUUGCCACCACCGCUACUGCGUCUUUCCGCUCGGUUGGGAACGGCUUGUUCUUCCGCCGCCAUGGUUGUUGUUUUUUUUAAUUUUGAAGGUUCAACGGCAGCGUGUAGUGUCACACCGUCGAAAACUACCAAAUAUAAUAGAUGCACUUGCUUGAUACAGGA